AUGGGUUACCUCUCCUGCAAUGCCCACUCCGCAAUUGCAACCUGCGACCCACACUACUGCCACCUCAAAAACAACAAACCCACCCCUCCAAAGACAAUAACACACUUCCACUACGCGGAUCUCCUCGCCGCCACCAAAUCCUUCUCCGCCCAAAACUUCUUAGGCAAAGGGAGCCACGGCACAGUCUACAAAGCCACCCUCCACGGCGGGAAACUGAUCGCCGCCGUGAAAACCACCAAACUGGUAUGGAAACCCACCCACAACCACAGCAGCACAUGCAGCGGGUGCGCCAACUGCACCUCCCCCGCGGACAACGAGAUCGAGAUCCUCUCCCAUGUCCCCAGCCCUCGUCUGGUGAACCUCAUCGGCUUCUCGACGCACCCAAACGGCAACAAACUAAUCGUGGUUGAAUACAUGCCAAACGGUUCACUUCACGAUCUCUUACACUCCACUUCUCCCCCACCCGGUUGGACCGGUCGAAUCCGGUUCGCUUUACAAGUAGCGAAAGCGGUUCACCAAUUACACUCUUCUAACCCUCCCGUUAUUCACCGCGAUAUUAAGUCUUCUAACAUUUUAAUCGACCAUGAAUGGAACGCUAGGCUCGGUGACUUUGGCCUCGCGUUGAGGGGACACGUGGAGGACGUUCGCGUAAAGUGUACACCACCCGCGGGGACGUUAGGCUACCUCGACCCUUGCUAUCUUGCGCCUCAGGAUCUCAGCGCCAAGAGCGAUGUCUUCAGUUUCGGGAUCUUGUUGCUCGAGAUUAUCAGCGGUAGGAAUGCUAUCGACGUUAACUACAGUCCUCCCUCCGUCGUCGACUGGGCGCUGCCCUUGAUUAAACGCCGUGACUUCGCCGGAAUUUGUGACCGCCGGAUAGGAACGCCGCCCGAUGAGGCGGUGAUGCGGCAGCUCGCCGUGCUUGCGGCCACCUGCGUGAGGUCGACGGCGGAUAAGCGGCCGUCCAUGGCGGAGGUGGUGGAGUGUCUUAAAUACGUGAGGAAGAGGAUUCGUGCGUCGCCGAUAUGGAGAAGUCUAAGACGGCGCGUGGCGCGUGUGGAGAGCGCGCAGGCGGGGAUGACGUGGGAUGUUUGUGAGGAUGACUGUGAAAGGAGUGAGGAGGUUUUGAGGAGAGUUAAGGGGGGGAGCAGGAGGAAUAGGAAAAUAUCGAGUGUGUCGGGUGUAGGGUACGAGGGUGAGCCCUCCUCCAAUAAGGUUAUGAGGUCCAAGUCAAUCGGUUCGGGUUGGAUUCGAAUGGAUUCGAAGCAAAUGGAGCAUGGGUUUGGGAGGAGGAGAGUGAGGCUGAAAAAGUCAAAGUCAAUGGGGGUUUUGCAUUAUGGGAGUGAGAAUAGCCAUAACAAUGUUCCAAUUCACUGGGCAAUGUCCAAGUUGGUGAUUAACGAUAAGCUGGAAAAGAAAAUGCUCGAAAAACCGUUGGUGAGGUCGCAUCACACUGGGAGUUAUAGCGAAGGUUGA